AUGCUUCGCCCGUCACAUUUAGCUGUUCCUACAUCUUCAUCUGGAAAUCUUGGAGUGCCACCAUCUACACCCGCUCGCGAAAUACGAACGCUAAGGACCCGCUCUCCACAACAACCCUCACCCGGAUUUGUGUUGACCGGCUCAGAUUCACGACGCAGGAUCACCAGAGAAGGCACAAACCCCUCAUGUCCUACCAGCCCUACCGAAGAGCUGCCUAAUCCCACUGGCUCAGGACAAAAACAUAUACGUGAAGAAGAUGAUGCUAAUGAACCUGAAGCCAGUACUAGUAAGAAAAAGAAAAGCAAAACAAAAGCAACAAAAGAUAAAACAGCUCCUUCUGUUGUUGAUGUGGACCAGGACUCCUCUGGUGAUGAAGUUACUGAACGUCGUCCGGGUCAGUCCAAGGAUGUUCAAGAGCUCCUUAAGUAUUAUGGCAAACCGAAACAUUAUAAGAAGGAGGUAUGCAUUUUCAUUUAA